UCCCAGGUACUGAAAGAGAUAGGCGACGCUGGUUCCACUCGAGUUUGCGUUGAAACCGUCCGGAAAACAAAUGAGUAGACAGCUGAAAAGAGGCGAAGGGGCUCGGGCGCUGUACUCAUCGCAACAGUUUACAAAGUAGCUUCGUGGUUGCGGGCCCUUUCGUUUUGGCGGGCUUUUCCCGGCUGCCCGACUUCGUAGAAGCAUGGCUCGACGGAGGUCGUCAUCCUCAGCGUCAUUCCCCGAGCUGACGCUGGAAGACUACGACCCCAAGCCUGACGAGGAGCUGAUCUGUGUCAUCUGCCACUCGGUGCUGCGCGAGCCUGUUGAGUGCCCCUGCCGCCAUGUCUUUUGUCGCCGUUGCAUCUCCGAGUGGGUCCGCAAGAACAACAGCUGCCCCGUGUGCCGCAAGCGUGCUGUCUCUGCCUUUACACCUGCACUGCCUCUGAUACAAAAUAUGGUCAACCGUCUCAAGGUGAAAUGCCGAAAUGCUGGCUGUGAUGCCCAUGUGCCUGCGGAAAAUUUUGCAAAUCAUACGAGUGUGUGUGAGUUUCACGAAGUAAGCUGCCCGCAUGAAGCCUGCGAGCACCGGUGCCAACGUUGUAUGCUGGAGUCUCAUGUGAAGCAGUGCCCACUUCGCGAGGUGACCUGCGACAAGGGUUGUGGAAUCGUGCUCACGCGGGACCGUCUCAAAACCCACAGCUGCGUGGAUGAACUUAAGCGCAAGCUAGAUGAAGCCACAUCCGAGUGUGAUGAUUGGAAACGGAAGGCCGAGAAUGCAAUGCAGGCACUGAAUAGACUUCGUGACACAUUGCACCGUUUGGGGGACACAGCAGAAGGUCUGGAGAACAACCUCGGUGACCUCGGAACCCGACUUCGCUGCGCCGAAGCUAUGGCGGCCUCGUGGCUGCACGGUCGCCAGUCAACAGCAGCAGCACGGACGAGCCGGGUCACGCAUGAUGGCAUUGUCAGCAGCAGCACCACCAGCCUGCACCUGGGAGUCUUGUACGGCACCCAUACAGUGCAGCUUCCAGAAGAAGUCGACAGCGACUCGGACCACAGCUGGAGCCUGCACUCUGAUGGUUCACACGAGUCUCUACGAGACGUGGAAGAGCUCUUCCUUGAUUUGAACUGCUGAACAGCUUCAUUCUAGCUGCUUAGCUUGAAGCUGAAACUAGGCCUUGUCAAUUUUUCUAGUUAACCUGCAGUAACCACUUUCGUUUCCCUUAUACCAUUUUGUGCCUGUUACCAGGUAUUGCAUCUGUGUUCUUACAGGGUACAGAAAAUCAAAGAAACCUUACAAGCUGCUUCUUACAUUGCACAAGUGUGCUGUUUAGUUUCUGUGAGAAUAUUCUAAUCUGGGUUCAUUGAAGCAUAUUCUGCAGCAUGUUUCUUAGCUGGUGGUUAAACAUGGUGGUGCAAGUGACCUGGAAGUGCCAACGGCAGCUCCUUGAGUCUGGGGCUAUUGUUAGGCUUCUGGACCAUGCAGCUUCUACAAUAUAAUUUCAGAGUAACUCAUAUCUCAGGCAGAAUCUGCACUUAGUUCGCAUCAGUUUCUCAAAAGCGAGAAAGCUCUGUUUCAUCAUUGCUUUUCUCUGCUUAAGAGUCACUGCCCCCCCCCCUCCUUUUUUCUUUAUUUUUGCAGUGCAAACAAGCAAACAAAUUGCACAACUACACUACUUUAGAGAGAGCAUUAGCAUGGGACGAGCUCGGAUUUCUUUAAUCACACAAGGGGAAACCCAGAAAGGCACUUAUUAGAUGAUGGUCAAACCGAUUUAAAUGAAAGUUGCUGCAUUUAAGAAAUAAAGCUAAAGUUCACCAAUUGCAGGCAGCAGAAUAUCGAUUUAAAUUUUAUAAAUAAAUAUUACAGAAAAUCGCAAGACUGAAGCAUGAAAUUUGCAAAUCUGUUACUGCUCGCAAAUAAAAAAUACCAUAUUCUGCGAGCUGUAUCUGUUAGAUAUUCUAAAGCAGACAAAUGUAUCAAAUUGCAGCCUACAUGAAAUUGUUGUCUACGGUAUGUCUUGCAAAUGUUGUAUUUGCAGAUUAUUUAUGUGCAUUAAAAUUACGCGUAAUAUAUACAUUUUGUCUGUUUUUUAGAAGACCCAGCAAAUGCUGUUUCCAGAAAUGUGAGAUUUCUUUUUAUUGCCAAGUUUGAACUGUAGACUUGACAGAUAAAUGAAAUAUCUGCCUACGAUUGGUAGGCUUUAACUUGUUCUUUUCAGUGCAACAAAUCUUAUCAAAUGCAAUGGAGCUGUUGUCAAGCAAAAUUGAUUUGCCCAUUUCUGUGUAUAGGAAAAGGUGCUCUUGAGGUGAAGCUUUUUCUUGAUUAAAAACUUAUUUCCUUUCAUAAGUCAUGUCAGUGUGACAUCUAUAUGGUUCUGAAAUUCUAACGAAGCUCAAACCAUGUCAGACUGCUUAGUAUUGAAAAUUCAAGGUGUGAAAUACCACGUCAUGAUGUUAUACCUCAACUAUUUUUAAGCACAAAAAUUUAUACUGGUGAAAUGUGGUCGUAAGGCCCAAAAGGAUUUUGCCGCUGAACAGUGUGCAACACAGGUCAACAUGACCUGUCCCACAUAAUUUCGUUGUGCUAAGUCUCACAAACAAGGUGCCAGAACAACAACAACAAAAAAAAGAUAUAGGGCAUACUUACUCUUUAAAAUAAUCGUCAUCUUUCUGUGGGAUAUUUUAAGCAGAAAGAACUGCUCCAAAAGUGGUUUUAUGAUGGCUUGCACCAGUCUCAACGACACCACUGAAGUUAAUCUGAGAGCACUCUUGUUUGCAGAAAUGUAAAAAAAUAUAUGUGUUGGUACAUCAUGAGAAUACUUGGGAACAGCGUGGAGAGACUGGACAAGAACAGACAUCUGCACAGUCUGUGCUCGUGUUUUCUAUUGUCCAGUCAUUUCCUGUUGUUCCAAAGUAUACUCCUGUUUGCUCACUAGAAGUAUUAUGAUGAGGCAAUGGGUUGUACCACAAGGUAUGGAGGAAGUUUUAUAAAAGAAAAAAGUUGUGUUCUGCCACAAAGAAGCAGGUCAGUUUGGGCUAAUUUAGGUGGGUACCACCUUUUCCCUUUAUUUCCUUUAUUUUCCUUUUCCGGGUCUCCACCUGCCUGGAGACCAGGCAACCAUUCCAGGCAACCAGAGAAUCGCUUCAGUGAGAGUAAGGCCUUCAGUAGAUGUAGAUGUGUCCCAUCUGAGAAACUUCUAGCCUGCAGAAAAGCUGUAUCACUUGUGUGGUGUGUAGGGAGCAUUGCUUUUGUGUGUGAAUGGCAGCCUAUAAACAGAGCAACUUUUCUGUUGGGUUCACUGUUGCCCUAAAUGUUUGUGAUCAUGAAAAUACUCAUGCAACUAGCUUGCCAUGAUUUGUUGGUGCUAUUGCAGUCUGCACAAUGAACUUUUCAACAAUGUCGGUAGUGCAGUAAUAUAUAGGGAGUGGCUGGACAUCCUCAGAUUUAAAAAGAUUGAGCAAAGUGUAACUGGACAGAUUUUGCAAACAAUGGUGGUGUGGUAGUUGUUUUCUCUGCAUAUCAUUUGAAAUGUACCUAUGGAACUCUCCCGACUUUUUCAUAAAUUGCAGCCAAUGUUCCAAGGAAUUUUUCCAUGAAAAUUUAAAUAUUGUUGAAACACUAGUGAUAUUUAGAUGCUGGAAAAUUAUUGGUAGCAAGGGUAUGGGUUGGCCUCAGAUGUGUACAUACUGUAUGUAAUAGUGUUGAUUCACAUUUUUUCUGACACUAUAUGUGUCGUACUUAUUUGCAGUGUGCUUGCACACAGCACAAAGGAAUACCUCUAUAAAAAUGUGUGGGGAGCAGGACAGGAGUGUUUAUAGGUACAAGGCUGGCAGACUCGAAAAUUUAAGCUGCAGUAAUCUGCUAAAGUGUGAAAUUAAACAUUUUAACAGUACCUUUCUUAUUUAUAGUUGUUCUCCCAUUCAAAUAUCCAGCAGAACUAGAGCUAGGCUUUUCUGAUUGAAUCUGUUGUUCUUGUGUUGUACUCAUUUAUGUGUAGCAAUACGUGCAUUGGCUGUUGUGUUGCGCGAGCUGGCAACGACAUUUCUGUGCAAAUUUCUGCAGUGCGUUGCUGCUUGUGAUAGUGGUUUCCCACCUCUUUGAGCAUUUCUAAGCCUUUGUGAUAUUUUUUUCUAUACAUUCUUUCGUGUUGCCUUUUCAUUUAUGAGUGCCUUCUUUGUUAUUACCUUUUUUCCUCAUUUUGUGGCAUUAGCUGUUGUGACAACAGUAAACAUGAGUUUCAGCAGGCAGUAUUCAUUGUGCUAUACUUGAUUUGACUGAAGAAGAGAACAGUGGUGACUGUGCCAUCCAAUUGCUGUGCCUUCAUGAAGUCUGUGCACUAGUAUUAAUAAGUGCACAUGGUCAGAGUGAAACUUCAUUGAAUUGUUGUGUAUUGCUUUUCUUGGCAAAGCAUUAGACAGCCUAAGUAUGAUUUGGCCAUGGUAUUGGUUGCAUUUUAACUACACAAAAUGUACAACCUGCGAGUUGGUAGAUGUGCAAAACGGUACUUGGCAUCAACUGCUAUAUGCUCAUUAUUAUUUGUUGUGCCCAUGUAGAAAUCAUAGUGUGGAGAGUUGUGCGUUGCUGUUUCUUGCGUUGAUUUCUGGUUUGGCAUUCUUUUAUUUCCAUAAGCUGCUUUGUGGCAAAUAAAUUUUUUCCAAUAA